AUGAUGCUCCCACAAGUUUUUGGACGAAGAUCUAUGAAGGCCAUUUUGAAAGGUUUCUUUGUUGCUGUGCCUGUAAUAGUAACCUUCUAAUAUCAAGUAGCCUGUGUAGCAAGAAUGGAAGGAGCUUCGAUGCAGCUUUCUUUGAAUCCUGGGAGGAGCAGGUCAUCUGAUAUAGCUUUGAACCACUGGAAAGUUGGGGAUUGUGAAGUACCUCGUGGUGAUAUCGUGGUAUCUCCCCAAAACCCAGAGCAGAAGAGCAUUAAGCAAGUGAUUGCGCCCGAGGGAGACAUUAUCAAAACAACAAUUGGGCACAAGAAUAGGUAUGGACACAGCUUUGAUAGCAAUGCUUUUGGGCCAGUUUCCUUUUAACUUCUCCAUGCCCAUGCCACUCAUAUGCUGUGGCCUCCAGAACACUGGCAACGUUUGGAGUCCAUUCUCCCUCCAGAACAUGCACCAGUUCAGAUUGAAGAGAAGGGACCUCCUUGCAUCGGCAUGGCCACUUUAACUUGGGAAGACAAUCUUUUUAAAAACGCAAGUUUUAAGCACCAGAACAAGCCUGCAGGAGGAUCCAAGUCCCAGUGCAAGGUAGUUGACAGAACUCCUGGCUGGUGCAAGCCAAAGGAGAGGCAGAGAUCCCCUCACCCAAGCCUGCAGUGA